AUGGUUUCAGGUCGCAAACUUGCUCGGAGUGUUAUGGCUAUGGCGACUGGAGAGGCUUUCACGGAGGUGGCCACCACGACGGAGCCGCCAGAAUUUCUCAAGACUGUUCAAGAAACUUGGGAGAAGAUUGAAGAUAAGUACGCGGUGACUACAGUGGCUGCGGCUGGUGUGGUUGCAUUGUGGGGCUCAACUGGUGUCAUCUCAGCAAUUGAUAGGCUUCCUUUGAUUCCUGGAGUUCUUGAGGUCGUUGGCAUUGGCAGCGCUGGGUGGUUUGCAUAUAAGAACCUAAUUUACAAGCCGGACAGGGAAGCUUUGCUGCAAAAGAUAAAAGAGACGUAUAAUGAAAUAAUUGGGAGCAGCGGCUAGACUUGUAAGUAACUGUAUUCUACUCGACCAAAUUAAUAAUGCAUGUGGUUAGCUUGCUGCGAUCAAUGUAGCUAUGCUUCAUUUUGUCAACCUAAUUAGGUUUCUGUAAUAAUGUGCGUAAUUUGUAUAAUAAAAAUAGCUGCAACUUUUUAUUUUU